GCGGGCUAGAAGUUGGCAGGUUGCAGGGUCGGAUUGGUCCCCACGCGGGCCCACGUGGCCGUGUCCCCUGGGGCUCAGUCCCCUGCCUUAAACUAUUUCUCUGCAAACCUAGCUCCACCUCUGUCAAAGGGAAACCUAAACCGGACCCCUCUGUCCCCCCACGUGGAGGGGUAGCUUGGGUGCCCUGAGUUCUCCGGAUGCGCAGCCCCUUCCCCCAGCGCCAGCACCGGGUAGAGGCUCAGCGUCUGCGCGCGGGGAGGCGUGGCCGCAGCGAACCCGGCCCGCAGCGGUGCAUCCGUCGUCCGCCCUCCCGGGAGGCUGCGUCUGCAAGCCGCGCGGUGACCAUGUCGGCCGAGCCCACGAGCGGCCCCACGGAGGACCAGGUGGAGAUCCUGGAGUACAACUUCAACAAGGUCAACAAGCACCCGGACCCCACCACGCUGUGCCUCAUCGCGGCCGAGGCCGGCCUGUCGGAGGAGGAGACGCAGAAAAUUUGUUACGUGUGAUAAACUCGUUGGACCUGAUCUAGUGUUUGCCUGGCAACACCAAGCGCUUUACACAUCUGAUCUCACCUCUGCCGCAGAUUCCCUUACUCUUCCCUUCUCCCAGGCCAGAGGUCCAGGAUUUUGUUUCGGGGCAGUGCUCAGUGGGUGCUCCCUGGAAUCCAGAACUGAGGCCCUGGACCCUGGUCCAAAACAAGGUUUACUGAGCCAGAGACCGCAUGGAGAACUUGCCCAUAGUUAAUCCUCUCACUCGCACGUCAAAUAAAAAGGCAACGAUUAGAACAGCUGUCAGACCAGCUAGGGCCAGAACUAAAUAGAAGGUGAUUGACUGCAACCCGUCUGCCGGCUCAUAUUUCUUGGAACUGCUGAAGAGGCAGGCUGCUGCCGUUUGGUUUAAAAACCUCAUGCUAUGUUUAGGAAACAGGAAUGACGGCAGAGACAGCUCCUGUUUUAAAAACCAGGCUGUAGGGUAUCGUGGGCGCAGUACCAAUUCGAGGUCUAACACUGACUCUUGUGUGUUAACAGCCCCUUAAUUCACAUGUGUGUGCGUGUGUGUGUGUGUGUGUGUGUGUAUGUGUGCAUACGCGUGCAUGCUAAGGAUCAAACCUGGGGCCUCGAGCAUGCUAAGCACACGCCCUACCACAGAGCUACACGCCCAGCCCUACAGUGACCUUUGGAAUGGCUGGUGCAUGCCAUAUGCUUCCCUGGGCACCCUCUAUUAAGUCAUUUAUUUGCCACAACAGUACUGUAAAGGCAGGUGCUGUUAGCACAGUUGUAUAGAUGUAGGAACUGAAGCACAGAAAGACCAAGUAAGUAACUUCCCCAAGGCCACAGUGAUGGGGCUGGGAAUUGAAUUCAGCCAGUCGGUUCUCCUUAAACUGCUGGUCGCCAUGGAGGUUAGAGGUGAGAAAGGACCAAAAAGCAAAUUUAUAUUUACUGACUUUUUUUUUUUUUUUGUCUUUUUCAUUUUUAUCGGUACCGGGGAUUGAACUCACGACCGCCUGCUUGCAAGGCAGGUGCUUAUGCCGCUGAGCUAAACCCCCAGCCCCUAUUUAUUGACUUUUUAAAAUCCAUGCAUUAAAUGAUAGUCACUCUCGACUUUAGGCAGCCUUACCUCCAGGAUCACCUGAGAUUAGCAAAUUAAAAUGAAAUCCGGGUAGGGUUAGGGAGAUGGGGUGCCUGCCUCUCUCCGUGGCUGAGACCAACACAGGCGUCCACACAGGUGGCUCAUCCCUCUCAAACAGCCCUUCCUCCACUUCCCCUCUGCUGUCAACCUCAAACAAACAAAUGGUGAGCCAAGCCCAACAAGCGUGGGUAUGGGUGAGUCAGCCACACAGUGGGGGACCCCUGGCUUCCUCUUCCUGCCACAGGGCCCACACCUGCUUCCUCCUGGUGGCUGCUGAAGCCCAGCUAAGCAUCUGGAACCCAGAGCUCAGCAAACGUCAGGAAAGAGUUAUCCUAGGUAGCUCAGGCCACUUGAUUCUUGUCCCCUCCCAUCCCAGCCCUGCCUCCAUGUGCGUGGGUGGAGAGAAGUGUUCUUUAAUCUUUCCAAACAACAUUUUCACUUUUCCAAGUUUCUUCCCUCCCCCCUUCUAUUUUUUUUGAGACAAGGUUUCACUAUGCAGUGCAGGUUGGCCUUGAACUCACUUUGUAAUCCAGGCUGAUCUCAAAUUCACAAUGAUCCUCCUGCCUCAGCCUCCUAAGUGCUAGGGCUAUAGACAUGUAUCACCGUGUCCUGCCCAAAGGACAGGUGAUACCAGAAAAAAAAAAAAAAAGUAUGUUGUGAAAUAGAAUGUCCAAUGAUGAACUUGGGGAGGUAUUGAUAAAAUUACUUUUAUUCAUAGCAGAUUUUAGAGACCCUUUAAAUAUCUCCACAGAGUCCAGGGCUGGCCACACAUACAUAUAAUCGAUGUUGCUCUCAGCACAUCCCCUAUUUCUGCUCUUUAUCAGUGUGACUCCUGUCCAUGGCAAAAGGUCACCGAAGAUAAAAUAAUACUCAUCACGUAUGCAUGAAUCCUCAUCUUACCCUGUAACCCCAGCCACAUCCGGAGAUUGGAUCAUACUGUUAAUUUCUCUAGAAUAAGCAAUACUUUAGUGAAAGAAAACAAGCACAGAUGCUCUUCAGAGACAGUUACUGCAACUGACUCACACUGCUCACACUUGAGCAGGGGCAAGGGGGCCUCAAAGGUACACACGUUUUCUAGCUAGGGAGCUUAGUGAAUUGCCCCCCACACACACAUCAGACAUGUCAUAUCACAUACCCAUGUCCUAACAGGGUGUGUGGGAGGCGCACCUCACACCAGGUGUGAAAACAUAGUUGUCACACUUAUCAGCCACCAAAGGAUCAGCAGACCACUUUGUAACUAUUUCCCUGUAGCACAAAGUUCUCUGGGAGGGAGGCGACAGGAAAAACUAAGUGAAACAACUUUGCGAAUUGCUUUUCCUGGAGUCCUAGAAUGGCAGUAAUCUAAGUAUCUCCUACAUUGAGGUUAGGCAAAAGCUCACAGAAUCCCACUAUGUGUUUUUACUUGUUUUGAAAUCAGUGUUAGGACUGGGAGAGCUCUUUCAUCAGUCCCCCAGGGAUGGGGAUGAAGUAGUCUCAAUGAUCACAGUCACACACACACUCACACACACACACAUACACACACACAGUUCAGGCACACUGAAGUUGGCACUGGUUUUGGGAGACAGUUCCAGUAUUUUUAUCUCCUUUUGAUGUUCUGGGCUUGUUCCCAGAACCCAGCAAUUUUAGACGUUGGAUGUUUUAUCAGUGGAAUAAAGGCCUCUAAAGGUCUCCCCUGAAAAGAAUGAAAUGUUAGUUGCUAGAGAAAAGGACAAGAACAAUGUGAUUUUGCCCUAACCCCUCCCUAUCCCAGGGUCUAAUUAUUAUCUGUUCGCAGAGAAUAAAUAAAUCUCCAUCAGUGAGGGAGGGUAAUGAGGGCAGUCAUUUAUAAGCAAGCAAGGGAUGAAUGUUCCCAGAUGGCAGAAACACAGAAAAGCAAAAUAAAGCCAGGAAAUUAGCAUCGAUGUGAGAAGUUAUGAGUUAUGAGUUAACUGGGGGAGGGGCAAAGGAUUUUAUGACUUUGCUACAUGGCAGGUGAUUUACUAAAAUAUGCACUUGAUUUAAAAUAUAUAUCUUCAGAAAAAAACAUUUUAGCUUUCCCCUUCUCCCAUUCCACAGUGCUAGGGCUCAGUGGUUAACUGUUUGGAUCUGAAUUUGCAAAUUCCCAAAAGUGACUGAUACCAAAGCUAUAUUUGGGAAGGAUUCGUCAAUAUUCUGCUUCACUGCACCAUGAAAAGAUGUGGGUAGCUCUUUUGAAUGGGGCCAGCUCACCCAUUUUGCCUUAUAUGAAUCCAAAUUGAAAGCCAGGCUUUCCUCCCCUAGGUUUUAAUUAGUCUUUAAAACGCCGCUGUGUAUUCAGUGCCAGUCGCUGGGAAUCCUGUGUAAUCAGCACUUACGGCCUUGAAACCUCCACAGAGCGACCUCAUUAAUGAAGCUGGCACCACGCAGAGAGCUCAACCCGAACCCAGAAUUAACAGAACCUACUCAUGGGUUCUAUGUGAACAUGUACCCACCUUUUACAGCAGAAGGACAAAGCACCAAAGUGACAUAAACUCUCUUCCCCCUAAAGUUAGUGACUGCCCACAUAGAUAUGGCAUCUGGGGAGCAACCCCAAAGAGAAAGAAGGCUUCCCUCCCAAAAAGAAAGGGUGGCUUUUGAUUCUGCUGCGCCCCCUGUAUACAGGUGGGCAGACAGCUGCUUGGGCAGGGUGAGCUGCAGGUGCAGCGGGCUCAGGGCUGCCGUGCGGCCCUGUACACCUGCCUCGCACCUUUUCUGCACCCCCCUGCACGUGCUUGCUGCUCAGGUACAUCUGCACUUUCCUUCUGAUGCUGAUUUAGGCUCAACUCGCUUCAGCCCCCUGGCCUUCUGAGAGAUGUGAUGUUGCUCAGUGUGGCUCCAGGGCCCCGUUUGCACGGGGGUUGGAAUUGCGCCUAGGAAGGCACUGGCCCAUGUAAAGCGGGGAGCCUCCAUCAUCUCCAACCACAUCACCUCCAUAAAUACACCCUAGGUCUGGUAUCUUGCAGCUGCACACUUCUUUCCUUUCUUUCCUUCUUUCCUGGCGCCACUGCCCCUCUCUGAGCAUGCACGUGGCACUUACAGGCCCAGUUAUCUGAUGCUCGGCUGCUGGGGUGAUGCUGGGGCGACUUGGCCCGAGUGAACAGAGAGGGCUCUGAGUGCCUGCUGCGGCACACAUGUCAUGGGGUCACCACCACUGUUAUAGGAGAUUUGUUGACUUAAAACAAGUGAAUACACAGCACAGAAAGCUACGUAAAGAUACCAAGGCACUAAGACAGAGUGUGAGGGAAGACUUCACUGCGAAGGUUUUAUUUAAGCUGCACCUGAGGAUGAGAGAAAGAGCUCCACAGAUACAGAAUAGAGACCAUCCUACCUAGAAAAUAGCAAAGGUCCUGAGACAGAAACGGCUGGCAUCACAAUGAGAACCAUCCCAGUGUCCCUCCUUCCCGGGUGACACAAAGACCUCCAUCUAGAAAUGGAACAGGCAUCCUGAUUUUGCAGUGACAGCUAAUUCUGCACACUUUUCUC